GAACCUUCUGCUCACUUUGUACGAGGGAUGGAAAUCUCCAAAAUACUCGGGCUCCUGGUAGAGCUCUCAAGUCUGCUAUCCUGUCUCAGAUGUGUGGAGGCUUUCCUGGGAUCCAAGCCCAACCAAAACCAUUUGCAGAGUGCAGCGCCCAGCGUGUGUGCUGUGGGCCCUCUCGGGUACUACAACGGCUCACUGGCGGUCACCGAGGCCGGGGCACAGUGUCUCAACUGGGCAGAGUUCCCUGAUUACGUUCAGCAGUACCCAGACCGUGGCCUGGGGGACCACAACUUCUGCAGGAACCCAGACGGGGGAACGACACCCUGGUGCUUCUACAGGCUUGUGUCAGGGGCCAUCGGCUGGGCCAACUGUGACUGUAACCAAGGUGCUGUGCGGUUGGCUGAAGACAGUAGUGUGGAGCUGUACUUCAAUGGACUCUGGGGAACCAUCUGUGCUGACCACUGGACUGACUGGGAUGCCAGUGUUGUCUGCAGGCAACUAGGUCUCAGUGAGAUCGGCACAGCUGGGAAGAAGAGUCAUCCUGGACCAUGGCCUGUUCCCCUGCACCUGCAGUCAGCAAACUGCCAUGGAGACGAGGAAGCCCUGCUGCAGUGUGGCUAUCAGGAAGCUCUGUCAGGAGCUUGUAACCAGGGGAGUGCCGUGGUAACUUGCGUUCCUCCAGAAGGUGUAGGUGCCCCACUUCGUAUAGUUGGGGGGAAGGAGAGCUUUGAAGGGCGAGUGGAGGUUUACCAUGAUGGCAAGUGGGGAACCAUCUGUGAUGAUCAGUGGGACGACCGGGAUGCUGAAGUAGUCUGUAGACAGCUGGGACUCAGUGGGACCCCAAAAGCCUUGUCAUGGGCUCACUAUGGGCAGGGAUCUGGCCCAAUCCUGCUGGAUGAAGUGCAGUGCUCAGGGAAUGAACUCUCCCUUGAUCAGUGCAAGAAGAGUGACUGGGGACAGCAAAACUGUGACCACAUUGAAGAUGCUGGGGUCUCCUGUGACCCUUUCACAGAGGGCACGGUCCGGCUGGCUGGCGGCCGCAGCCCCAGCGAAGGCAGGGUGGAAGUUUACUACAAUGGAGACUGGGGCACAGUGUGCGAUGAUGGCUGGACAGACCUCGGUGCCCAAGUGGUCUGCAGGCAGCUGGGCUUCAGUGGUCCUGCUGCCCUGGCCUCUGAAGGAGACUAUGCUGCUGGCCAAGGCUUCAUCUUACUGGAUGAUGUGGCAUGUGUGGGGACAGAGCUGUCUCUCCUGGACUGUCCCCACAGCAACUGGGGGCAGCAUGACUGCUCCCAUGCUGAGGAUCUAGGAGUGCGCUGUUCCCCAGAAAGCAACACGGUCAUGGAUGGCAGCCUGGGGCCUCCUGUGCGGCUGGUGGAUGGAGAGAGCACCACGGAGGGCCGGGUUGAGGUAUUGCUGAAUGGGCAGUGGGGCAGUGUCUGUGACAAUGACUGGACAGACAGAGAUGCUGCAGUGGUUUGCAGGCAACUGGGAUUCAGUGGUACAGCAAAAGCCAGGGCAAUGGCUUAUUUUGGCGAAGGCCAUGGGCCCAUCCAUCUGGACAACAUAGAAUGCAGUGGCAUGGAGCACACCCUGGGGCAAUGUGCCACACCUGACACCAGGAUUCACAGCUGCUGGCACAGUGAGGAUGCUGGGGUUAUCUGUGACUACGUGGAAGAAAAGGUCCAAGAUAUCAGGAGAACAGGUCCAGAGUCUGGUGUGUGUGGGAUGCGCCUGCUUCAUCGUCGCAAGAAAAGGAUCAUAGGUGGAAACAAGUCUCUGAGAGGCAGCUGGCCAUGGCAGGCCUCACUGCGGCUGAAGGGUUUUCGUCGAGAUACUCGUCUGCUGUGCGGAGCAACACUGAUCAGCAGCUGCUGGGUGGUGACUGCAGCCCACUGCUUCAAAAGGUUUGGUGUUGAUGUGCGGCGCUACCUCCUGCGUGUGGGCGAUUACCACACAGGUGUGAAGGAUGAGUUUGAGAGGGAGCUGCCUGUGGAGCGGAUUGUCCUCCACAGGAACUACUGGGCUGGCAGCAAUGACAAUGACAUAGCCCUGGUCCGGAUGCGGGGCAGAGAAGGGCACUGUCUCUCCUUCAAUCACCACGUUCUGCCCGUCUGCCUGCCUGACAGGAGAGAGAGGUCUGACAUCAACAGGCAAGCCUGCAUCAUCUCUGGCUGGGGAGACACAGGGAAGUCCUAUUCCAGAACCCUGCUGCAGGGGGUGGUGCCCCUUCUCCCACGGGAAGACUGUGAGGCUCGUUACGGGCGGAAGUUCACCAACCGCAUGAUUUGUGCUGGGAACCUCUCUGAAGAUAAACGUGUGGACAGCUGCCAGGGUGACAGUGGAGGGCCACUCAUGUGUCAGAGAUCAAAUGGACGCUGGAUCAUUUUGGGCAUCACUUCCUGGGGGUAUGGCUGUGGUCGGAAGGAUUCGCCCGGUGUGUACACAAAGGUCAGCAAAUUUGUACCCUGGAUCAAGAAAGUGACCAAGCUAAAAUGAAAAUGACUGAGCUCUUGGAAUUUCAGCACGUGGUCCUUUUGCCUUGCAGCAGCAGAAGGCUGUGGCUUCUGGUCUGUGACUGAUGGAGAUUUAUUUUGACAUUGGACAUUGGCAAAAGAUUUUAAUGUAGAACUGGAAGGAAAACAGUUAUGACUGAUUCUUUAAAGUCUUUGGUUUCACUUUACUCUGUAAUCUGUAAGCAGAGAAAGCAGGUGCACAGUGGUAACAAUGAUCAGUAUAUGUUGCUCUAAAUAUCCGAAUCCUUUAAUGCAAUCACACUUAUUCCUUUGCCCUGGCACACAGAAAUGGUAGAAGUAGAGAGAUACCUACUGCUGCAAAUCUAUUCAUGGUUGUAUGUUUGGACAGUUGAAACAUGAUACAAGGAGAGGUGAGAUGCUUGGAAGAUGGCAUUAGGUGCUGGCAUAGUGGAAAUCUUCACUUUUUUUUUUUCAUAACAGCUCUCUUCAGUUCCAGGAAUGAGAAGAUUUGACCUGAGUUGUGGAACAGGCCAACAAUUGGGUUUUUUAGCUUCCCUGAUAUGUCUCUAGGGGAAAUCUUUUCUCUUCUGAAUAGUAGGUCUGCUCCCAUAGGAUCCUUUUCAAGUGUCUGCCUAGACUAAGAGAUGCUUGUCCCUCCUGCUGUAAUCCUUUGUCACAUUUCCAGCUGCCAGAUGCUGUGGUUUUAUUGCUGCUUUUUUGCUAUACUAGUUUGUGUGUGUGGUUGGGCUUUUUUUUACUUCCCCUAAAUAGCAUCUUCUAGAAUCAGUUGUUGGUGUGAGAGGCAGUAGCUUUCUUGCCCUCAUGAUUAUUAUGAAGAACUUAAAAGACUGACCUCAAGUGGCUGAAUAGACAUGUCAUUUUUCUUAAAUCCAAAUGUAAUGUUAAUCUCAAAUAUUCAGGCAUUGAAUCAUGAUUUAACAGCACUGUGGGGACUUCCUACUGGUCUCUUAUUCAUCAUAGUUAUUAGCUGCCCUUUGUUUGUGCUGCUAGUCUUUAGUAUUUCUGUGUUCACAGUUUUCCAUGAAACAUGGAAUUACUCCUGGCGUAUAGAUACACCUCAAGCAAAUUACUCACUCCUUGUGAAAAACAGUAAGUGUGCUGCUAAGCAGCUUCCCACUUUGGUGAAGUGUGUCCUAUUCUUGAGACCUCUGGGCCAUGCUUCCUUUUUUCUCUUCUUUGCACUCUUUCUCUUUCCAUUCCUCUCAGUGGGAGUAAACUGGAUUAACUUGAGGGUAUGCAAGCACUGUCAUCAAGCUGUAGUUCUCAGCCUGAACAGAUACAAUGCUGAGAGAAAGCAGGGGUUAUUGAAUAUUACAAUUUCUUCCUUCUGUUUCAAUCCAAACAAAUGAACAGAAUUCCUUCUUAUGCCUUAAGCACUUUUUAAAGUUAAUAUAUUAUUCUUGAGUAGUAAAAAAAUAUAAGUAGACAGAAGGGCUAAGUGCCUUAAUAGCUGUGCAGUGCAGCAUCUUCUCACUGUGUACAGAUAAAGCAGAGAGGAGACAGGUUUGAGCAGGAGGAGGAGUAAAAAGCUUUGAUGUAUAACCAAGGGCUUAAAUGUGGAGGAUUAAUACAGAAUGGGACACGUGGAGCUUGUGCCAGAUGUGCAUGUUUUGGGUAGGCAGUAACUGGGUCAGGCACUGACCUGCUGUCUGAAAGGUUUGCACUCAGGGCAUUGAGGUGUUCAGUAUCUAGAUAUUACCAAUGCAAGAACAGAAGGCAGAGCACAGUCUCUGGAUUAGCAUUGUCAAAUUACAGGGCAUGUGGUGACAGAAUCCUAGAAAUUACCUUGGAUUCAAGAAGUACUGAUUGCCUAAAGCUUUAAUUUGUCUUCUAUAAAUUAGCUUAAUAUAGAGGUGCUGACCUGACUAGGUGGCUGAUUUUUGUGUGUGAAGGCUAAACUAUAUAGUUUCAUUUACCCUAUCCAGGUAUUAUAGGAUAGUUGGACUACCAGUGUUGCAAUGCACUGUUCUAAAAUCCUGCUUGCAAACUUUAUUUUAAUGGAGAAUUGUUAGAAUCUUUAAAACAUGCAAUGUCAGGACCCCUGCAAACUGGCCUUUGAGACAAAUCUGAUCUGUUUGUGCCUCUUCUCGAGGUGCUGAAUGUCUUGAGCACAGCUUUGUGCUGAUAACCCUGUUUAAAAUGCCAGACUUGUUCCCUUGGCAGCACUGUGCUUGGCUCCACUGGCCAUGUUGUCCUAUGGCUCCUGGCAGAGUCUCUAAAAUGCAAGGUGCAGACUGCUCCUUAUCUCCCAGGCAUUAAAAUGCCAAGAGGACUGAGGGCAAUUAUGUCACAGAUCUCUCAUCCUGUGGGGGAUUAAAUGCCAAGUUCUAUACUGGCAGGAGCAGUACCUGUCUGGGAAACAUGGAGAGAUUUGACUUUUACCUUCAGCUUCCCCUGAGCCAGCAUGCUACAGCAGCUCAAAUGGAGUUUCUGUGCCUUGGGUGCUGUCACAUCUCUAGUUUAACCUGGUUUGAUCUUUCAGUUUAUAGCCAUAACCCCAACAGGGAUAGAAACACCUGAAGGAUGGCACUGUGAGGUUAUUUACCUAAGCUUACUUAGCAAGUGGCCAUUCAGGAGUUAGCAUAAAUUACCAUGUAACACAAGUGAGAUGUGGGCCUGGCAUUGCCUUCUGAAAUUCCCAUGUUCUAGUUUAAAAUAUUUCUUUCUCCUAGAUCUUGUCACUAUGAAAGCUGUGAGAAUCCUUGUAAUUGCACCGUUUGAGUCCUGCAUGAACCAGGAGGAGGGAAGUAUCCAAUCUCCUUUGCCUACUUUUAUACCUUACUGGUGCUGUAGGUGAGCCUGUCAGUACUCUCCUACAUUGACCUGGCCUGUUUCAGGACACAGCUGUUGCUCUUCACUGUUUAACCUGGCACUGUGGCCCAAACCAAACUCAUGUGCUUUGCCACUGAGGCUAACUGGAACUGCUUGGUUGGAUGAACAGCACUCAGUCACCCUAGGACUGUAUUUGGAAUGUUGGACAGCAGCAGAUGUUUCAAAGGAUAAUAGUAUGAGUUGUGCUGAACAAGUUUUAACAACCUUUCCUUCUGGGGAAUUUUGUUCUUGACCCAUUUAAAUUAAUUACUUGCAUUACUAUUAUCUUAUUAUAAUAGUAAUGCAAGUAAUAUUAUUAUAAUAUUAUCAUUAAAAAUUGAAGUACAAAUACUCGAUCCUCUAGGUGCUGUACAAACACUGUCAUUCUUUUUUUUUUUCCCUAAAGUGUAAGAUUUUAUAUUCCUAACUUUUAAAAACUAUUUAAUGUAACCAGCCUUCAUCUUCCAUAUAAAUGUUUAAAUUUUUUGGUUUUAAUCUAACUAAGCUUUCAAUCCUAGUAUUUUCUGGCAAUUAAAACCAUUAUAAUUUUAUUCUCCAUAGCACAUAAUUUCUUUUUAUGGUUCCUGAAUUAAUUGCCUUUUGUUUUCAUUAAGUACCAUCUGUCCUUGUGUUCUCAGCCACGAGAGGAAAUAAGGGGCCUGGCUUUAUAUUCUCUGUUAUGCAUUUUUCUAGAGAUAGUUCCUUUUCUAAGGCUGUGGCUUCUCUGUCUCUCUUCAAUCCAAACUGUCUAGGUGUCUGAUAACAUGCUGACUGUCUCUCUGUCUUCUCUUUCUGAUGGAUCUUUAAACUUUGGUAAACAACGGAAUGCACUUUGCCAGGGGAGGCUGUAUCCCCUGCUGAUUAUUUGAGUACAGUUUUCUAUAGCAGGCAAUUCUGUAAGUGAUUUCAGUGCUGUGUCUGUAUGCUGGAGCUAGUUUUAAACUUGCUAGUGUGGUCUUGGUGGCAGCCUUGCUUCAAGGGGAUGAAAACCCACUGAGGUUAGCUCCCCAUGUGUCUCAGGUAGGUGCAGCAGUCCCACCAAGCUCACAGAAAUUGCUGUAGUUCUGUUUAGGGAGCUCUGGGCAGGGAGCACCUGGAGAGCUGUGUAGAC